UGGUGUUUACAUUUUGUUUAGUGACUGGAAAUAAAUAAAGAAAUUAAAUUAGCCAAAGCCUGUAACUACGUUAUACUAAAAUGGAUCCAGUCGUAUUAGUUUUGUCAUAUGGCAGCACUGUAUCUCCAUUGGAAAUAGUCGAAAAUAUUUUAUCAGAAAUGGAACAACCCAAAGAAUCAAAUUCAACAGAAUGUUCUUUGGAAAGCUACAAAUGCGGCAUUAAAACGAAGUACUAUAACACCUCCAUAAACUUAGUUCCAUUUACUGGCAAAUUGGAAAUUGUUCCGGAGGAUAUCCUACAGGCAACGGAAGCGCUAAUAAUAUACUUUGACCCAAAGGAGACUUCGUUUAUCGACACCAUUCCGAAUACAUUAUCCAAAAAUGAGCAAAUCCAGUUAGGUUUUCUUUUGACAUCAAGUUCUACGGGUGGAGAAAGUGGCAUAUCCUUUGGGGAGCUCAAGGAGCGUACUAAUUUCUUCUUCGACAUAAUUACGUUAAAGAAAAGCAAUAACUCUGAAAGCGAUUCAGAUGAAGGGGAAAGGGAAUACGAAGAAGUUGUGGAGGGAUUAAAAAAUGUCGUCUGGUCGAACGUUACAAUGGGCUCUAAAGACCACAAAGAUGAUAUAAGUAAUGAUGAACUGGAUAACCAACUGAAGGACUUUGAAAACUUACUGCUUACUGCGCAGAGUUUACGUAAUGAUACGAGUUUAACGCGAGAACAGUUCCUGGACAGAGCUGAGCAGUUUGCCGGCAUAGUUUCCGCGAUUUUAAAUGACAAUGAUAGCGAUUAAUCAUGAUUUAUCCUUAUCCUUUUAUUGCUAUUAAUAAAAUAUUCAAAACACA